AUGGAAAAAAGCAUUUUUUUUCAGCUACAAAGAAUGGCGACGAAUUCGAGGCGCAAUUCUGCAAUACAAAGCAAUGUCACUAUUCAUCCACCCGGAAUUCCGCCACAUCUAAGGCCUGGACCAAUAACGCCGGGCUCUCGUGGACAAGUGGCCAGUCAUCCGUACGACUGCAUGACCACCGCUUGUCUUUGCCCGUAUUUUCGGGGUGGUCUCGAUCCACAAAAUCAGUGUGUGCUGCAAAACGGACAGAUUUUGACGAUGGCUUAUCGAAAAGAGUAUCGAAUGCUCACAGAGGAUGAGAGACUACGCUACCACAAUGCGCUUACGAUGCUGAAACGAAGUGGAGAAUAUGAUCGCAUUGGAUUCGAACAUUUGUCGGUUGGAUCAGGAAGUGGCGCACACUCUGGACCAGGUUUCCUGCCAUGGCACAGAGAAUAUAUCAAAAGAUUUGAAAUAGCGCUUCGUUUGAUUGAUCCGUCGGUGGCAGUACCAUACUGGGACUCUGUCAUGGAUAAUUAUUUGCCGGAUCCACGUGACUCCAUUUUCUUCAGUCCAUUUUUUAUGGGCGAAACCGAUUUCAUGGGGAAUGUUGUCAACGGCCCAUUUGCUUACUGGAGCACGCUCGAUGGACGAAAUGCUAUCCCACUUGUCACAGCAGAUUCUGUUUGCUUCAUAUUUUUGUUCAUAAUGAAAAUUUCAGGCUGUCCAUAUCCGAUCAACUUUGGUGCUCUGGAAUACUCGCACUCGAACGUGCAUCUCUGGGUUGGUGGCCAUAUGAAGCCACCGGAACAAGCAUCUAACGAUCCCAUAUUUUUCUCUCAUCACUCAUUUGUCGAUUUUAUUUGGGAGCUGUGGCGACAAAAUGCUCAGUCCAGAUGGGCUAGGGAAGUCGCCUAUCCGCCGGAUAUACCACAGUGCGCGGAUCCGCAGCAUUUCAGCUACGCCGUAAUGCGACCAUUUUUCAAUCUUAUCAAUCGUGAUGGAUUGUCAAAUAUGUACACUGAUCAGAUGUACCGCUUUUCGCCACGACCUGGAUGCUCAGCCGAAAUGCCAACAUGCGGAUCACCGUAUCUGUUCUGUGACAAUCGUGGUGUGCCGCAUUGUGUUUCCAAAAUUAAGCUAAACGGUUUGUGUAUUGGUUUCGAAGGUCUCGAUGCAUGCUUCAACGGGGUUUGCAUGAUGGGAAGAUGUGUUCCAGGGCCAACACCUGCCCCAUUUGUGCCACGAACGCAACUUCCCCGAGCACAGCGCCGAUUUGUGGAUUGCUUUAAUCGAAAUCCCUGCUGUGAAUUUUGGGCUCGCGAAGGCGAAUGCCGUCGUAAUGGGAACUAUAUGCGACAGUACUGCCGUGCUGCCUGCCACGUUUGCACCCCUGCUUACAAUGCUAAAUGUAGCGAUCGCCAUGUAUCGUGUGCGCAGUGGAGCACCGAUGGUCAGUGCCAUGGUAAUUCGGAUCAAUUUAUGCAAGAAAAUUGUAGACAAUCAUGCGGCUUCUGCGAAACACUCAAAAGCGCUUCUUGUCCAAGGCCAGCACAGGUCAGAGUUGUUUUAGCAAUUUAA